AUGGACAUGUUGUACAAGUGCAGGCAGAGGAGCACCAGGCCAUCUGAGGUCCCUGUUGCAGUUUGGCAGUCUUUGAGAGCCAUUUGGGAUGCCCAACAUUGGCACCACAAUUCAGCGAUUGCAUGCAACAAUCGCAAUUCAGAGUCAGCUGGGUCGAGCACCGGAUCCACAAAGCAUGCUGCUGGAUCCUGUUCGAUGACAACUGAAUUACAGAGACCUCCCACUUGUUGGGAGAUAUUUAAUAAAACUCAUAAGAAGAAGGAUGUGCCAUUUGUUGAUCAGCGUUCCUCAGCAAUUAACGAAGCAAUGACCACAAUGGUUGCUGAGGCGUCUCAGCCUAAUGCAGAGGGAGAGGGGUCACAACCACUUUCCACUAAUGUAGUUAAUGAUAUUUAUUAUGAUGUCGUUGGUGGAAAGAAGAAGACAUCCCUCUACGGGCUUGACUCUUAG